CGGACAGAGACAGAGGGACAGAGAGCUGUGUGCAUGGACGAGGGACACAGAGGGAGGAGAAGGGACUGUGUUACCUAACUACACCCAGAAAAAACAAGAGCCCGUCCUGCUGAAGGAUUAACUCCCUGAUCGUUCUGUAAGUGGACCAAGAAUAACACACACAUUACAGGUGUGUGUGUUUCGUGUUUGUGUGUGUUGCUAUAGAUGUGCAUUCACUAACAGAGGGAUCCAAUCAGCCGGGUACGUGUCUGAUGAGGGCAAAGUGUCUCCGCAGCCAUUGCUGAGGUUUUAACGUGGAUUAGCAGUUCUCCUCAUGUGUUAACCAAACCAAAGCGGGGCAGAUAAGGUCAGACAUUGCUUGUAAAUGCGAGCCUCUUCAGUUGCCGCCUCUCGGGGAUCUAAUGACAACAUCCCAGAGGUGACACAGUGAGCGGUAUCUGUGCCAACGCAUGGGCCGAGUAUAUUUAGCUGUUCUCCUCAAACACACUUUACAAGGUAAGUGGGGCCAGUCCAGGCCAACUAAUACACAGAUUUACCAGCCAUGAGAUUAACAGCUAAGUGACUUUAGUGUCUUUAUUAUGUAGUCAAACACUUUAAAAAAGUUUAAAGACAAAACUCAAAGAAAAGAUUUCAAUGAAACAAAAAUUAACUGCAAUAAAAAGUGUAUUUGAUGCUGGAAAAAUGCGCUUGUAAACUUGUGCAAAGCAACAGUUGGGUUUUUGCUUCUAUUUUAGUCACUUGACUUUUCCAAGACUGUUUUGAUGCAUGCAAUGUAGAGUUUACACCAGCAGAAGUUUAAAAAACAAGUUUAGAAAUCAAAAGAGAGGAUGUUAUGAAUUAGAAAUGUUUAAAAAGGUGUUACAGUUCCAUAAGGUUCUAUAACAAAAUCUGUACAUUCAAUGAAAUUACAUUUACCACAUAUACCUGCAUCAAUAUAUACAUGUACAUACCCAUACCUAUACAUAGACGUGCAUUCUUACACAUCAACAUAAACAGUGUAUGCACACACCGUAUAUCCAGAUUUACAAACACCACGUUGCUUCAGCAGUGGCCUCUGGCUGGUCUGUAUUUUUGGCUCGGAUGUUUCUCAUCUUCCUGUUGACAAACAUCCCGGAGAUCCUGUAUGGGGUUCAGGUCAGGCCAGUUCAGUUAGCGGGCUGAUUGAACACUGUUAUGUAGUCAGCAAACUGAUUUGGUAGGUGUUUUGGUGCUGUGCAGGUGCUGGAAAAGGAAAUCAGAAUAUUCAAAAAGCUUCACAGAUAAUGAAGCAUAAAAAAGUAUAUAAAAUCACCUAGUAGACUUUAAGCAAUGUUGACUCUGGACUUGGAAUGAAAAACAGUAGAUUCACAGCAGCAGAUAGCAUGGCGCCCCAAACCAUCACAAACCUCAGACUGGACUUCAAACAACUUGGAAUCUGUACCACCUCACUCUUCCUUCUGAAUCUAGGAGACACUAGGAGACGACACGACUCAGACUUCAUAAUGAAAUGUAAGAUUUAUUUUCAUUUGCAGUGAGAUGCUUGAUGUUUUUGGUCCAGGAAGGGCUUGAUACUAGGACUGUGGUCUAGUCUUUACUGAACAAUUGUCUCAGAAAAUACCAACACAGGAGUACAGAUACCACUUUCAGGAACUACUAAAAAGACAGUAAAAAUAUUCAAAAAGGCGACUCCAUUAAUGUGACUAAAUAUAUACUUUUCUGUCCACCCUUGGUUAAAACUUGUGGUACGUCACAUGACCAUCUUCUGCUUUCAGUGUGUGAGUUUGGUGGGAAUGGGCAGAUUUGACAAGUGGCAUUUUAGUAUCCGAUUGUUGCUAACCCUCUGGUUCUGUCUGAUCGUGCUCUCUCCUCCUCAGACCAUGUCCCUCCCCUCCGUGGUGGCGCUCCCCCUGCUGGUGGUGGUGGCAGCAGGGGUGUACUACAUCUACAAUGAGGUCUUGCAGUUCAUGUCCAUGUCUUUGGUGAAAAACAAAGUGGUGGUGAUCACUGACGCUGUGUCCGGGGUCGGAAAAGGUAAAUGAUCACGCUUCUGUAUUCACUAUUUAACCCAAGUUUAGGUUUUGUUUACAUCUAUGUCAGCUUGUUUGUCUGUCCAUCAGCAGAACCAGUGAUGAUCUACCAGACUUACAUUAUUCACCCACAUGGGUCGUUAAUGACAAAUCCACAUUUAGGUGUUUCCAUUCCUUUGCUUUGUAUAGAACAUGUAAUCCAGUAAUUCAUCUCAAUAUGGUUGUGAAAACAGAUAACAAUGAUUUUCAAAUCCUUGCCUAUCUAUAUUCAAUUAAAUAGACGACAAACAUGUAUAAUAUUUAGAGUGAUAAACUUGAUUAUUUUAUUUUCAUUUUUGUAAGUAUUCACUCAUUUUAAAUUUGACACUGCAGCAAGUUCCUAAAAAGUUGUUUCAGAGUCACUGGGGUAGGCUAUAGUUGGAGCAUCUCUGAAAGGCUCAGUCCCUCACAAGCAGGGGAGGGGCCAGGUUCACCACUUUGUCAACAACUGUGUGAGCAAACAGUCCAACAGUUUAGGAACAAUGUUUCUCAAUGUACAACAGCAGGAAUUUGCAGAUUUGAUUAUCUACAGUCCAUAAAAUCAUCAAAAGAUUCAGAAAAUCAGAGACAUUUCUGCACUUAAGCAGCAAGGCCCAAAACCAACACCGAAUGACCAUGACCUUUGACCCUUCAGGCAGCACUCAAUUAAAAACCCACACCAUUCUGUAAAGGAUUUUACCAUGUGUAGAUGUUAAGAUGAAUCUUGACAUCUACAAGUUCAAGGUCUACCAUGCAAAGACAAAGACAGAUAUCAACAACAGUCAGAAACACAGCCAGCUUCUCUGGACCCGAGUUCAUCUGAGAUGGACUGAGUUGGUGCCCCUGGCCAACUGUCACAUCUGUGAAGACUCCAUUGAUGCUGAAAGAUACAAACAGGUUUAAGAGCAACAUCUGCCUCCAUCAGAGCCUCGUUUUUUUCAGUGACGUCCCUGCUGAUUUUAGAAAGACAACGCCAUGACACAUUCUGCACGGGUUACAACAGCGUGGCUUCAGAGUUAAAGAGUUUAGGUACUAGACUGGCUAGCCUGCAGUCCAGACCUGCCCCCCAUUGAACAUUUGAGGAGCAUUAUGAAGCACAAAAUACCACAACAGAGGCCUUGGACUACAAAUCAGCUGAAAUGGUCCAUCAAUCAAGACUGUAAAAGAAUUCACCUCCAAAGCUCCAACAGUUCAUGUCCUCACUUCACAAAGGCUAACUGAGUGUUGUUAAAGGAAAGGUGAUGUGGAACGUGCUUCAACAUCAUGGGUGUAAUGGCAGCUGUGUUUUCAGUUAUUUUAUUGAGCUCUAAGCAAAAAUGUCCAUUUGUCAAACAGAUUAUUUAAUGCACUUUAUCAUGUUUUUGUCUGUGUUCAGAGUGUGCCAAUCUCUUUCAUAAGGGUGGGGCCAGGUUAAUCCUGUGUGGGACAAGCUGGGACAAACUGGAGUCUCUGUUUGACUCCCUGACGAGCGGCUCUGACCCCAGAGAGGUGAGGAAAUCACACACAUAAAUCUACUUCCAUCAGUUUCACUUGGAAACAUCAUAAAUAAAUAAACCAGGCUGUGAGUGAACUCUUCCAAACUGAAACCAGCACUCUUUACUGUGGUGCUGAGUCAUCGAUUGGGCAAAAGUCCCAGCAUAGAGAUCAAGCUUUGACUGCUUCAGUAAACACGACCAUCUCAUAUCUGUGAGUACACACUGGAGUCUAGGCCUCUACCAUACUAAAACAAGCACAGAAACACAAUACUGACACAGGUUUAAACUCAUGUUGUGUUUUUAUCAUAAUCCUCUGCUCCACCCAUGAGAUAUCCAUUUCCUCAUUGAGUCAACACAAUAGCAGGAUUUCCUCUCUAACAGCAAACUGUCCUCCAGGUAUCUUACAAACACAAAGCAGACCAGAUGUGCUCCAGACACAAACACAAUGAUUAAAUAAUAAUAAGUGAGACAUAAGAAUGCAGAUAAUUAACGUUUUUUAAUCAUAUCGUAUCGUAUCGUACCGUAACUGUGUGGUAUUGUAUCUUGGGGCCUGGGCUGCUUAAAUCAUUACAUUUUCUUCUUCAUGAGAAGUGAUUUUUUUCUGAUAUUAAAUCUCCACUCAUUGCAAUGGGAUAAACACUGUUGAGGUGCUAAUUUGACCGAGACAGCAGAGCAAAGCGAACACCAGUGUGCUCAGUGCGCAGGUCACUGGUUCAAUAUUGAGUUUGUGAGGUACCUGUUCUGCUUUACUCACUCUUCCCUGUGUUCCCUGUCUGUCCUUUGCUGCAAAGGCAACGGUCCCCAGAAACUUAUCUUUGACUAUUACCUAUAUACAUGUAUUUAUAAGGCUUCAUGCUGUGGUUAGGAGGAGACAUGCUAAAAAUACAAAUUAGUGAAUCAGACGUACAAUGUGAAUGGAUAUCGGCACUGGAUACUCUUAACUCAUCAUUCCUUUGCAGCUUCUCCCUUUUGACGAACUAUGGUUGUUUCUGCCAGUAUACUGAUUUCCAGCUCUUACAAUGACUGACACUAAAGCAACGAGCCGUAUCACAGUACUUCAGCUUUUUACGGUCAAAUAGCGGUCAAGUAGUUGUGGAAGUACAGACACGAGAGAAGUAUCAAUUUUCACUUCUGGAUAACAGAGAUGUGUUUCUGUACAUGUUGAACUUCUUUCAAAGUGGAACAUGUCUGUUAUUUUAGACGAUAACUCUGUUUGUGAGAGAAAAACAAUGCAGCAGUAUCAGUAGCAGUAGUAUAUUUUAUUUACAGAUAAUAUUGUCCCUUGUGUCUCUGCAGACGUUUGCUCCAAAGCUGGUGAUCCUGGACUUCAGUGACAUGGACAGUGUAGAGGAGGUGGUGUCAGAGGUGGUGGACUGUUACGGCUGUGUAGAUGUACUGAUCUGUAACAGCAGUGUGAAGCUGAAGGCUCCAGUGCAGAGUGUCUCUUUGGAGAUGGACAGAAACAUCAUGGACAUCAACUACUUUGGGCCCAGCUCUCUGGCCAAAGGUGGGCCGGCCUUAAAGGGAUAUUCCAGCGUAGAAUUAAUUUACUCUGCACCUGAUGCAGAACUUCAUGACUCAGAAAGUAGGACCCAUUUGUGGGCCACAUUUUUUGGACUCUCCAAAUUUUGACAGUCUUGGACCUGCUGCUGUGACCCAUUUAGUCUUCAAUGCAGUCAUUGAAGGCUGCCGUCCCUGGACUGGGAAACAAACAUAAACUUAAUACUAGCCUCUAAAUAAUAACAGCUGGGGAUCAUUUUAGUAUCAGUGUUUGUCAGUAUUGGAUCAGUUAUUGACAUAAAAAUGACCUGACAGAUUCCUGACUCUACAGGAUUUGUAAUACAGAGCUAGUAUGUUGUGGUCUUGUGUAAAUUCCUGGUUUUAAGAAGUAAAACUCUUAUGUUUGAGUAGUCAUGAUCUUACAUGGUUUAUUUGCUUGUCUAUCAUCCUCUCACACUUGAAUUUUAAGUCUUACAAACUGUAAUGAGGUCUAUUUUGGUGUAUUUGUAAUGGGUCAUAUUGUGUUGCAGGUGUCCUUCCAACUAUGAUCUCCAGGAGAUCGGGGCAAAUUGUUCUGGUGAACAGCAUCCAGGGAAGACUGGCCAUCCCAUUCAGGAGUUCAUGUAAGCCUCCAAUUCAGAGUCUGAGCUUCUCUCAUCUAAGUGAAGGGUUUAUGUAAAAUAAAGAGCUUCUUAUCUAUGAUUCAGAAAGCAAAAAGACUGUACACGAUAACGUGACUAUGCUAAUAAGGUUGAAGUAAAUGUCUUGGUGUUGACAUUAUUUGUGAUCAGAUGCCCAAUUAUCACUCUUAAUGAGUAAAGGACUAGAAUGAUGCAGACUGAAAUUAAAGCUGAUGAUUUCAUGUGGCAAACAAGACCACGAUGAGUAAAUCAGGGCAUCUGAGCACUGUGGGGUGCAGUUUUGCUCCUUCACUUUGUUAAAGCAGAGGUAAUGAGGGUGACGGGUCCUGUCAUGGUGUGUUUUAUUUCAUAUCUACACUUCAGCUCCUUGAGCACUGAGAAAAUGAGAAAGCCUCCAGUCUGCUGCUAUUUGUCUGGCAGAGUUUCAACAAUUGUUACAGACAGGGAGAGGAAACAAUCAGACUAAAUAUGUCUCUGAAAUGUCAGGAAUGACACUACAGCUGAGUCACACCCCUUUCUGUGUGUGUGUGUGUGUGUGUGUGUGUGUGUGUGUGUGUGUGUGUGUGUGUGUGUGUGUGUGUGUGUGCUCUCAGACACAGCCUCCAAGCAUGCGGCUCAGGCCUUCUUUGACUGUCUGCGGACGGAGGUGGAGGAGUUAGGGAUCGUGGUGAGCACCAUCAGUCACACCUUCAUCAACGCCUCUGAGCCGCCACCUGUCGAAGAACCCGCCCCCCAACCUGCCGCCCAACCCAGCAUGCUAUCUGCAUGUGAGUGACAGGACCUGUACAGUGACUUAUGAUUUAUAUAGAAGAAAACAUUACACCGGUGUGAAAACAUGGGACUGUGUGACAGAGUUCAAGAGACAUAAAAGGGAGAAUAGAGUCAAAAAAGCCCCAGAUUUAUGAUAUAUAUUUUUUAAUAUUUAAUAAAAUCAAUAAAAAAAGUCAUGGUGUUAUUUGAUUAAGAAAAAAAAUACAAUAAAAAAAAUAAAAAAAUAAAUACAAAAUUAAAAUAAAAUAUUUCAUAAAAAUUUACAAUAUCAAAAAACUGUAAAAUAUAACAAUUCAGUUUUCACAAUUUCAAGCUGAAAGAAAAAAAGCAGUGAGAAUUUAUUUGUUUAAGUUUUAAAUGGGCCAAUAUGCAACGAUGGACAUGUAGCAAUAUCUGUUUUUAAAGGGCUGAUACCGAUAACAAUGAUAAGGGGAAGGUUGGCUAACAAACAACUCCUUUUUUGCAUUUGAUGAAAAACAAAUAUAAAAUAAUACUUUCAACUGAGAAACAAAAAGAAUGAAUGCUUUUCAGAUAAAAGUGCUUUUGCAUUUCCAAGCAGCCAUCAGUAAAUAUUAAGAUAGGAAAAGUAUAAGGUCAAUAUUCAGGGGAAAAAAGUAUGAUUACAACUUUCUUUACACUUUACAAUCUUAGAUAAUGUCAUAUUAAAGGAUUAUGAAUUAAUGAUUUAAAAAAAAAAUAAACCAUGGCUAAUGUUUAUGGAGGGAGCAAAUAAAACUGUAAUAUUCUACGAACAAACACAGUUAAGAAUAAACUGUAUACUGUAAAUGUUAUAGUUUUGAUAUGUGGGAUGGGAAACAUGUAUCAUAUCAUUUAGAAAAGAUGAUGUGACAAAUAUGUGUAAAUAUGUGUGUAUCCCUCCUCAGUUAUUGCCAAUCAGCUGACCCAUGGCGUGCGCCCAUCUGUUCUGGCCAAUGAGAUCAUGCAGACGGUUAACAGGAAAAAGAAGGAGGUGAUUCUGGCCCACCCCAUCCCCCGGGUGGCGCUGCUGCUGCGCUCCAUCCUCCCCUCCUUCCUGUUCGCCGUGCUCGCUGCAGGAGUAAAGGACUCAGUGCUGAACGAACAGCUGCAGUAGAAGAAAAACUCUGAAAGUUCAAGAUGAGGAAGAGAGAAUGAGAUACUUGGAGAUGUCGUAUUAUUGUUUGAGUUUGAUUAAAGGCUUCAGGUUCAUCAUGAGACACAGUUUGUUCAAAUUCAAUGGAGGUGUUGCUGUUAUGUUUGGUGCACAUUAUCACAUCUCCACUGGUGCCUCUCUCAGUGUUUACAAAAAGAAUUUAAAGGUGCUCUUGAUGGUUUUAAAGGUUUUUUUCUUUAUCAUCAAAUAAAA